GGAGGAAGCAGACAGCGCUGGCCAUGGCCUCCAACUUUAAUGAUAUAGUCAAGCAGGGCUACGUGAAAAUCCGCAGCAGGAAGCUGGGGAUUUUCAGGCGAUGUUGGUUGGUUUUCAAGAAGGCUUCUAGCAAAGGACCCAGGAGGCUAGAAAAAUUUCCAGAUGAGAAGGCAGCAUAUUUCAGGAACUUUCACAAGGUAACUGAGCUGCACAAUAUCAAAAACAUAACUAGAUUGCCUCGAGAAACAAAGAAGCAUGCAGUGGCAAUUAUCUUUCACGAUGAGACGUCAAAGACAUUUGCGUGUGAGUCAGAACUAGAGGCUGAGGAAUGGUGCAAACAUCUCUGCAUAGAGUGUCUAGGAACCAGGCUCAAUGAUAUAAGUCUUGGGGAACCGGACUUGCUUGCUGCUGGAGUCCAGAGAGAACAAAAUGAGCGAUUCAAUGUAUAUCUUAUGCCUACACCAAAUCUAGACAUCUAUGGGGAAUGUACAAUGCAGAUCACACAUGAAAACAUCUAUCUCUGGGACAUCCACAAUGCCAAGGUCAAGUUGGUCAUGUGGCCUCUAAGCUCUUUGAGGAGAUACGGACGUGACUCAACGUGGUUCACAUUUGAGUCUGGAAGGAUGUGUGACACAGGAGAAGGGCUAUUCACCUUUCAGACAAGAGAAGGAGAGAUGAUAUAUCAGAAAGUCCAUUCUGCAACACUGGCUAUAGCAGAGCAACAUGAAAGAUUAAUGAUGGAGAUGGAGCAGAAGGCACGGCUCCAGACCAGUCUGUCUGAACCAAUGACGUUGUCCAAGUCCAUCUCACUUCCUCGUAGCGCAUAUUGGCAUCAUAUCACCCGGCAGAACAGCGUUGGAGAAAUCUACAGUUUACAAGGUCACAGUCUUGGUCCAGGGAAGGUGUCUCGGGCACAGACGUUUCCCAGCUACCCCUCGGAGCAGGACGAGGAGCACCAGCAGUCCUUGGCACUGGCCGGCAGCUACGGAUUCAGCUACAGCUCAGGCCUCAUCCAAUGACACCCGGAGAGCGGUCGGCCGAGAGAGACAGUGUAGCCUGGAGCUUGCCACCAGGGUCAGGAAGCAACGUGUGCCCUCCACACCCACAAUUUGCAGUGAAAACUGAGGCCUGCCAGCUCCAACCUGGUCACAGCAAAGAUUGAACCCUGAAGAAGCAGCUUCCCUGAAGCAGAGGCUAAGUCGUUAUUUAUUUAUUUUAUCUUUCCUUUUGUUAAUAUGUUUAGAAAGGGGGGGGAGGGGAAGCAUUUGUGUUGUAAGAAAGUGAUUGAAACAAUUGAAACUGUGUUGGUGUGAAGGUUUCUGCAUGACAGGAGAAGGCCCGCUCUGGGCUCUAUCAUGAUGACGCAUUUUGACAUUAGGGUCUUCCUACCCAUCUCCAUUGUCAGGUCCGCUCAUCUUCACUGAUAAUGUUUUUAGGUCCUUGUUGCAGCCCACUGAUUCCAACUGGAAUUGUUGAAAUGCUGCCAAUCAAAUAAACAGCAUAGAUAAUGUAGAUGUUACCCUUAGAAUCAAGUAAAGUUGCUAAUUAUUUGGAAGGUUGAGUGUUACUCGGAUCAGACUCCAAUAAGUACUGGAGUAGCAGGCAAAUACUUAGUUAUUUGUUGAGAAUGGAAUUUGGUGCAUUAAGAGAAGAUUACUACCUAGUGUGUGUCUAACCUUAAAUUCCUGGGACGCAAAUCUUUCCCUUACUAAUAUGCACAUAACUCCCAUGAAUACCUCUAAGAGCUGCUCAUGAUGAUGCAUUUUGACAUUAUAAGCAGCAAAGUAGAUCCCCUGGAACUGCCAAGAAGUCUUCUCGUUUGCAAAUUGUUUAAAUAGUCAUGCCUGCAAGCAUAACUUCAAACAGCAGGAAAACUGUUCUUCAGACAAAUAAAUGUGGGCUGCAUUCCUGACUGCCAAUCUCGUAUUGUAUGUUGUGGGCCAGAUAUGGUACAGAAACUGAGCUCUGGUCUUGUCUUUCUGGUAAGUGUUGCUUUGAUUUUCUCUGUUUCUUUCUCAGAUACUUGUUUUAGAUGCAUAUUCUGUACUAUAUGAACAUGGAUCAGGUAUCAGUUUACAUUGAAAAGGAUGAUGAGUACAUCUCAAUGGAAGUUUUCUUUCUUCAGAAAAUGUCUUUAAAAAAUGAACUGUAGAAGGUUAUUUGUAAUCAGUAAGGAGGGAAUAAGUUGGAAGGCAUACCUGUAGGCAGGGAACAAAUUUUACCUAUUCUAAAUACUUAGAUUCUUGUGAGUGGCAUCAAAUAUUUAUGUACUUCUUGCGAUGCCCUGAAACAUUUGAAAAUGUGGAGAGAAAAAUCUGCUGUCUUGCUACUGUAUGAGCAGCCCUUGCAUUCUGUUCCUGGGAUGGACCCCACUGCCAUGAUUGCAAGAGGAAUUCUUCUCAUUAGUUAUUUCUCAGGACAGGUUGAGGAAGCAUGUCAAGAAAGAGACACAUAGACUGUUUUCCAAUUAAACAAUCAGUUUUAUCUAUUAUAAUUUAACUGAAAAAGUGCUACUGGGUUGUUUUAUAUGUACACACACAUAUACAUAUAUAUAGUAUAAAAAAGUAGAGAAUAAAUUUCUGCAUUUGAUUAAACAUUUACUGAUAUAGUAUGUCCAGCUUUUCUCCAAACGUUUUACAGGCUAAUAGACCUUACAAACAUACAGAUUUCUACACUCAGUGAGCAGCUGCUGAAUAAAAAAGCUUUGUGAUCCAUUUGAGUGAAACAGUUGCACCCCACCACAACCAGCUUUAUUUUUGCUCUCCUUUCCUGUCUCAUUCACUACCUCUUCUCCUUCUCACAGUGCUGCCACACUCAGGAAUAGAAUGGCUCCCUACAGAGAAAGUUUUGAUGAGCUAACACAGUAAUGAAAAACUGUUCUCCCAUGCUGGCAGGGAGCUGUACCUGUGGUGCUCUCUGAGCUGUACCCAUCAACGAAGCUUCUUUCACACGUUCAUUUAAGAAAAAAAAAUGUAGCUGACAUUUUGCUUUGGGAAAAUUUCCAGUUUGCAAAUGUUGCAUGCAAAGUGUGAUACAAAAGGAUAGAUGCUCAGCUGGCAUAGUUCUGUUAUUUAAUGGAGCUUCACCAAAUAUACACCUUUUGAGGAACUGGCCAAUUAUUUGUAUUUCUAUGCAAGUGUAAUCAUUUUCCUUGCCCUAAAAAUAUACAUUUUUAAAAAAAUUCCUUGGAAUAAGUUUCCAGUAUGUUUUGCAGGUUUCUAUGCUGUAUCUGUAACUAUUUUUCUUAGUGGCUUAAAUAUUGGUCAUUUAAUGCUUAUAUAUUCUUUUUGGCCCCAAAACAGGAAAAAGGAAAACUGGAGAGUAUCAGAAUCACUUUAUAGAUUCAGUGCCCACAUUAAAAGCCUAUCUAAAUUCUAAAGCUAGUCCUUUAGCUGUUUUUUCGAUAAGAACAUAAGAACUAUAUGGAAGUGCACUCCUUCCAUUUCCUACAGAAACGUUGCUGUCUAUCCCAGAUGAGUUUGUCUUCCUAUACAGUGCAUGAGUAAUGUUCAGUUAAUGAAAAUGUAGAUAAUGUUUCCAAAAACAAAAAAUAAAGGGGAUUAGCUAUCUAGAGGAAUUUUACUAAAUAUUUUGGGUUUGCUACAUUAUGCUGCUAUGCAUUAAUAAAAAGUUGUGACGUGUCAUCUCAUAGCAGCAGUUAGAAAACUGAACUGCAGGACAAAGCCAGAGAAUUGAGUCAACAAAAAGCAAAACUGACUUAUCAGGAACAUGUUUUUCUUUCAGACAGUGAACACAUCCACACUGAAAGUUAAGUAUGCAACUUCAUAGUAUCCUGUAACACAGUCAAAUGAAACUGGGCACCUGGAGCACAAAGAUAUUCAGUGGCAGGUGGAGUUUGCCGUUUGUGGCAGUCCAGAACAGCAGAUGAUACCACUGUAAAAUUUGUGUAUUUGUAUCACUUCCAGAAAUGUUCCUCAGGAAAGCUUCAUGAGAACCAGACAGGCACCAGACCAAUAGUUUGCCAGAAUUUUCUGUUUUCAUGGAAUUACUUUAAUUCCUGACAUAUGCCUGUCGAUAAUACAAGCGAUUCCCCACUGAGACAACUUUGUCCAGCUCCUAGUGGUUCUGCCAGAAGGAAACUCUUUUGGCACCCGUGGUAGAGCUGCCUGCCUAGAGACUAACAGGGGCAAAAAAAAUGCCUGGGUACCCCAUGGUCCCUGUUCAAGUCUCGGCUUUCUUCAUGCGCAAGGCACACAGAUAAUAAUAUGCCCACUCCUGACCCAAGAAGAGCUCUCUGUUUCUAGCUAAUGCGCUGUGAAGAGCAGGAGGGCAACCAAAUGUCUUCAGUGGUAACCAGGUGCAACCACUGAAAACAAAAUUUAGAGUUAGUGCAUUAAAAAAAUUAACAUAAGGCCGUUGUCUUCAGUUCUGAGGAAGAGUCAGAUGAAAAUAUUUCUGUAACUGUGAUUUUACAUUUUAAAACAUGAUCCUUGAUAACUGAAUAUUAAUUCUUAUAAAAAAUAACAGACAACAUUACUAAAUGUAGCUACUAAUAUCUCUUAGCUGUGAAUAUUAUUGAUUGAUGCAUGCUGGUACUUUUGAUUUUGAAUUCACUUGGCACAGAAAAGGAGAAAUUGAAGGAGAUAGGUAAUAAAUCAUAAACAUGAUGCCAAGGUAAUUGAGUAGCCCCCCUUCUAAAGCAGCUACGUUAUAUUAUUAAUGGUUUAGAUCAUCUGUGAGUAUAUUCUUUGGAACAAAUUUGCUUGCCUGUGUUAAAGCAAAGAGAAAGAAGAAUGUCUUAAAACAUUGUGUUUGCAGUCUUCCUGAAUAAAUGUUCAGGCUGUACUUUGGUGGGCUCUGACUCCAGUAUCUCACAAGUAUGUAGGCUAAACAAAAUUGUGCUCUUGACUUUUUUCCCCAAAAUCCAGCAAGGAAAGCGUGAAAAUUUAUUGACAAACCAAGUAAAUUUGUUAGACUAGCUAUUCUCUUUUGUUCAGGCAAAAGUCUGCAAUGGUAUUUCUGGAAUUUUUUUAUUUAACAACUUGGGGAUAGAAAUCACAUUGAGAAGCUACAAACACAUAUCUAAUCAAGUCUUGCAAGCUGGUAAGACUUUGCUGGGGCAAAAGUUAGAAUUAAAUGUCUGAGGUCAAAAAUCUUUUAAAAUGUUCUCUAUAGUAUAAUCUAAUAAUUUAGAUUAUUUAAAUAAUUUAAAUGCCUACAGGCACCGUUUAUUUAGUAGAUGCUACAUGCAGGCAGACUGUAAAGACCCUUAUGGGUUCAUGGCAAAAAUUAAAAAAGGAUAUUAAUCAGACCACUGAAUGGCAUUUAUCGGAACUUUGUGCUUGUUCAGUUUUUGCUCUCCAGUGUAGUAGAUGUUACCACAAAGGAUAAUGAUUUUUCAGAUAUUAGAGCACUAGGAACUGACAAAGAGCAUCAGUCCACAGCAUAUAAACCCCUAUUCAUGUUUAACUCACCAGCCACAUUUGCUAGUUUUCAACUGAUAACCUAGAAACUACAUGGUGGUUUUCCAUGUCAAAAUAUCCAUCUCUUGAAUUGCUACCCCUUAUAACAUGAAAUCUAGCAUCGCCUAUAUGCGAGUGUGUCACUGUAUUUAGCUCCUUUUUAUACAUACUGCAAAGGAAUAAAUGUGGCUUUUAUCCAUAAACAGAAUGAAGCAGAUAGUGGAGAAAGUGCAGAAAGCUACUGUUUGGUUAUAGGAAUAGAUCCAAGAGCAUUGGAAAGUUUGUUUUUCCAUAUAUUAUCCCAAUUAUUUGUGACUCUUUCCAAGAUAACUUAUUACAUAGCAAGUAUAUAUUAGAACCUUGUAUUUUUCACCAUAGACAACUAAUGGGGUACCUGCCUAUAUUUUGUUAGUAGAAGAAUGGUGCAUAGCAUUGUAGUAGCACAGCUUCAAAAUUGAAGGGUUUAAGGUUUGAUGUAUUAAUUUUGUGGAUGCAAAGUCUGAACUCCAUAUAGGGUAUCGUGUAUAUUCUUGAUAUUAAAAAUAAAUAAUCUUUGCUUUUGAUUUUAGAUAAAAAGAUGUGCUAUGUUGGGAACAAGUACAUGCAUUUGUUUGAAUGAAAGAAAUGUCAAAGUAUAUUGAGUAUCCUGUUAUAAUAAGAAGUUUGUCUUUCUGUGUCCAAGCCUUACAAGACAGUAAAAGGUGCUAUGGGAAGGCGGUAUGUACUCAGCAAUUAUUUGAAUGGUAUUACGCUUAGACACCGAUUCACCCGUGGAUUCUGAAGAUUGGAAUCCACAGAUAAACUGGUUAUACUCGAGAAAAUUGAAGUUUCACUAUACAAAGGUGCUUCUUGCAUCUUUGCAUUCAUAUGCAGCAUGGCAGACUUUUAUGGAUAUGGUUAAAACAGACAUGAGAAUAAUUGAGUUUUAAGGAUGAUUAAUUAAAAUUAGAGCAUUUUAAAAUGUUGGUGUGAUGAGUGCAGCAAGUCAUGAUGGAGAAAAGAUUUCUUUUUUAAUUGAAUGCAAGCUCUGAAUCUUUAAGAUGAAGCAGUAAAUCUUCUAAAAUCUUACACUGAUAGUCCCAAAGAAGGGUUAAGACUUCAUUGUUUUGUGUUUUUUCCUUGAGUACAGAAACCCUUCAUGAGGUUAAAUGUGUUUACCUCAUUUUCUUCUUACAGUCCUGAGACUGAAUGGAUACAUUUUACAGUAGGUUUUUUUUGUUUCUAUUUAACAGUACUUGACAUAAAUGAAGUUAACCCUCAUUUUUAGUAUAGGCUACUUCUUUCUUUUCACAAUUUUUUGCAUUGUAUGAUAGCAAGAUUGCAAUAGGCAUAUAAAAUAACACAAAAUUAACCAACUGUUCUGACAAUUUGAUACCAAUUACAAAACUAAAGAUUACAGUUAGAUGUUUAUUCUCAUCACUGCUCCUGCUGCUGAAACAAAAUAAAUGAUAGAAAAUAAAGUUGCCCUUGUUGAUGUUAAUUAUUGAUUUUCUUGAUUUUCCUUAGAUGACAGGCUGUGGCAGGAGCUAUUUAUGUUCUAAAACUGCUUUUUGUGAGUUAUACUGAUUUAAGAAGAUUGUAAGGAAAACGGGCAGUAUAGAAAACAGAAUUGUGACUCCCUACCAAAGUAUGAUGUAUGCUCACCUUUUUUCACUGCUCUCAGUUCCAUUUGGCUCUUUGAAAAACACCAUCAUAGAAAAAGAGAGAGAAGAAGAUUUUAGAAGCAUAAUGAAGCAGAAGAAAAAAGAUAGGAUAAGAAAUCAAGAAAAAUAAAACAGAUUCUUUAAUCUCUCAAAAGAUUAGGAGAAUUUAGGAGACAUUAUAGGUGCAUAGCACUGGGUCAUGUCGAAUACAAAAAAGAUCUUUCUGGAGCAUUCAAAUUAUUGUGGCUUUACAAGGAUUGGUGUUUUGUGCUUUGUUCAACUCACAGGCCAAACUUUUCCGUAACAGUGGGCACAAUAGUGUUGGACCCCCUUUCCCUAGCAUGGCUGGAAGAACAAUGGAGCAAUCGAGUUAAAGCACUUUAGGCAAUACAGAUGCUAAAUAAUAGUACUUUGUACAGCACAUCACUACUGCCAUCACAUGAUUUUGUGGAAUUACAACUGCAAGAUAUUACUAAAAUUGAUUUAGAGUAUUUCAGAGCCAAUCAAACUCAAGGUGAUAAUAACAGCAUCUGCAUUUAUGAUAGAUGAAAAUAUGUACACAGGUGCUCCAGCCUUAUGCGUCUAAUUAGGAAAUGGUGUGACAGACCUCUGUGAGAAAGCUUCUCCCAUCAAUUCUGGAAAAAACCCUGCUGAGACAAACAGAAUAAACAGGACAACAGCGAGGUCAGUCUUCUGAACACUUUUCUUUCUCUGAAGUCGGAUUUCUUAUUUGAAUCUUUCAGGAAUUUGCUAGCAUCCACACCUACCACCUAACUAGAAAAUGUUGAUAGCACCUAACCUUUAAAUAGGCUGCAUUGAUCCUCCCCUCCCCUGUUCCUGGAAUAAGACUAGGGUAGGAGUUAGAUGAUUAAGUUGCUCAGCGCAACCAGUUAAAACUAGUUAUUUCUGAGCGUGCUUGAGAAACUUUUAGUGCCUAUUAGAAAAGGUGCCUAAAAUUUAGGGCAGGUUGCUGGUGGGAGAGAGGGUUUCAUGCUGCGCUACCCUGCCUAACGCGGGAGCCCGGGGGAAUCCAGGUUCAUGCGGUCUGCGGUGGGUCCAGCCCUUGAAGUGUCCUCUGUUUUCUAACAGCAACCCUGUUUUAUCCAAAGACUCACAGCCAAAGGCGACAUGAAGACAAGGAGAACUGGCAGUAUCGUGAAGAUACUAUAGGGACACAGAAAUCUUUAAAGUAUAGGAACAUAUUUAAGGAGAAUAACUGGAGAUGAUGUAACAUACUGGUCUUACUUUCACUUUCUAUCACAAACUUUCGCUUUCUAUCAUAAACUGUGAGUUUAAUAUUUUCUCUGUGGGUCCAAAUUCUGGUGAGUGUUUCUCCUACACUCAGAAGUCCCAGCAAAGACUGAUUUCAAAUAUUCUUUUUUCUCAGAUUUCUUUUUUUAAAGAGAUAAUGAGUUUAAGCUGUUAAAGGACUUGGCAAUAGUACAAAUCACAGAAUUUUCUGUUGAAUACGGGACUCAGACAUUUACCUUUUUUAUGUACCCUAUCAGGCAAAAAAAAAUAUCUACUUUUCCUUUUCUUAAAAUCAUAUAGGUCCAUUUUACUGCUACAAAAAAAGUAGUUAUCCAAUGAUUCAAGAGUCAGUUGUUUAAUAGAAGUGUGCUUUAUUAUAUUAACCUCCUUUCAGCAACAUUUCUAAGGCUUUAAAGCAGCAAAAAUACAACAGUUUGGGUAGUAUUCUGAGCCAGCUGCUAACUAUGGUUGUGUCAUAUUAUUUGCUUGAUUUUUUUUUGUUUUAACUAUUUAGGAAAGAAAGAGCACAAUAAAUGCUCAGGAUAAAAUUUCCAAAUUACUGUUGAUUAAGUUUACCCUAAAGUAAAAGUUUCAAAAAAAAAAAAAAAAAAAAAAAAAAAAGGACAACUAUACAGAAAAUAUUGAAAAGAAACAUUUUUUUUAACCAUUUUACACUGGAAAGGCAAUUUACAUAUCCAAACCCUGGCAAAUCAAAUUGACUCUUAUUGGGUCCAAUCCUGCCACACUACAAACAUUUAAAGAGUUUAUAUGUUACAUUUCAAAUGACACUUUUGGAAGUUUCUUCUGUGCAGAAUUUACUAGCUUGUAAGCUAAUGUGAAUAUUGAUAAGGUUGAGGUUUGGGUUGUUUUCCUUUUUGCUUUUAUUUGUUUCAGUCUUAUGUUCAGCUGCUGUUCACUGAUAUUAUGACAGUAUGAAAAUGAAGCUUUGCUUUGGGUUUGUUUAUUGAAAAAAAUAAUAUAUUGUUCUUAUUAUGCUAUGUGUGAUGUGAUAUUUUCCCUGUGAACUAUCCUGGUAGAAGUACUGUGUCUAUGGAAUUUGAAUUAAAAAGAUUAAAUAACUGCAAAGAUGUGCAUUACAUAUUUGUUUUUUCCUCCUUCCGUGAAUCUCAAAAAUAAGCAAUUAUUUUGAAAAAAGAAAAGUACAGAAAAGCUACAGGAGCCAGGGGAGACAAGAAAUAAGGGCAUCACCAGAAAUACAAAAAACAGUGUGGUCUUGCAAGCACUUAACCUCAACCUCUCCCUUUUAGGGUUGUAUUCUGUCUCUAAACACAAUGAAACAAUACCAACUUCUCAGUUAAUAGAUAUUUCUGUAUCAGGAGUUCUGACAGAGAAUUUAAAUGUAAUCAAAUUCAUUACAUUAUCAUUUUGGUAUUUUGAUAUUUAUUAGUGAGAUCAUCAAAGAAACGUCCCAAUGCUACAGGGUUUUACUUGUAAUGCUGUGCACAAUUUAGAAGUAUCUGCUAUGACAUUUGAUAACUCAGGAAAUAAAACAAUUUAUUAAUAGUACAGUUCUGUGUAUCCUCAUCAACUUCACAUUCAAGCAUCUAUAUUUCCAAAAUCCUUUAGCAAGUGAAUGAAAAAAAAAAGAUAUACCCCCUUGUAGUGUGUAUGUGUCUGUGUUCAGGAGUACGUAAAACCAAAAUGAGAUGUUUUCUGAUGGCAUUUGACAUUGUAAACAACUUGCGUCUUCAGUGCUAGGCUAAAAGACCUUUUGUUUAGGUUUUAAAAUUUUUAGCUGGAGUGUAGGAUAACUGCACAAUGUUAUUUUCACUCAAGUAGUUCAGAAAAGCCUUGUGUCCACAUUAUUCUCAGAAGAGCCUAGAGUCUUAUUCUCCUGUGCCCAUGAAGGCUAAGCAAAAUGUGCUUUUCACUGUCAGGCUGUUGAUGCUCCUUCCUAGCCAACCAAGUGGAACUGGUAACUGAGCUGUAGGCGUUAAUGAUGCCUUCCCCUGACCACCCCUUUCUACAAA